AUGGCGUUUAAGUAUUUUGGCUUUGAAGCGCAAGGUCAACAGAUGCGAUUAUGGAUGGAGAGUCCCACAGGGUCCAAUUGUCCGAUCAAAAGGUCCACAGUCGACAUGGCAACUCUACAAAAAUCUGAACUAUGGGUCAUUCAAUCCAAAGUGGUAUAUCUUGCGGACAAUUGGCACGAAUGGGCGGAUAGAGUGGGGUUUCCAAUCGUGAGCAUAGGAGGAGACACCUGCCUCUAUUCGAAGAGCAUUCGUCAAGUCACUCGGAAACCCCCAGCGAUGACCAAAUGGAUUGGAAGAAUUGGACCUGGGGUGAUCUUUGCUGACGAUUUCCGAAGAGAACUUGGCGCCCAUGACCCAUACAUGUCAGAGUUUAUGAAAAGUGUGUACGAAGCGCACUUCUCCGUCAUGAGCCUCAAGCAUGUCAUUUUUACCAGUGUGGUUGAGAAGAAAACCUAUAGGUUUGUCACCCGUGAGCUUUAUAGCUCACGGGGGCUUGCUACUCCAUUGGAUGAGCCACAAACCUGGGAGUCUCCUUCUUCGGAGUUCUGUGGGAUUCUUGGGACACCCAUUGGGAAGAUUACUGGCGCAUUUGUUCUUGGAACUUAUGGUCAGGGCAUCAAGCGGAUUGCCCGUAUUGUUACUUUCUAUACAGAUUACGCUUUGCACAUGCAAUUUGAUCUCGAGAAUGUCAAGCUAUACAACCUUCAAAACCCGUGGAUCCAUCGAUAUCUCAGAGAUUCCUUCUAUGGCCGACCAAUGAGAAAUUGCGAGUGCAACGCACCUUCCCUUUGUUCCAAGGCCAAGGAUAAGGACGAUUGUGAGCAUAAGCGCGCUCUGUGUCGCUCUGUGUUGCUCUGUCUCUCGGAAACUUGCAUUUGUUGUCUCCUCUCGAUUCCGAUCAUGGCUGGACUCACCAACUCCGCCAUCAUUGUCAUUGUCCUCGUCGUUUGCCUCGCAGUGACCGCACUGGGAGCAUCUCUCUUCAAACACUACAAACCCGCCGACGGCGAAACCCCAUUCAGUCCGGGCUACGAGCAAAAACUAUACAUGGCCGAGGUACGCGCGCGAGGGUUCGAAACCCUUCAGCAGGCCUGCUGGGGCCGAGAUGUUGAAUCUCGUUAUGUACCGGGCCCGAGCUACUAUCGCCCCCACAUUCACCCCGAAGACACGAACACGAACACCGCGAGCUUUUAG